AUGAGACUAGCAUUCGUCAUAUGGGACGUCCAACCACUUGCAGGACAUUUCCAACACAAAAAGAACAUCCUCGGCAUCCAGUCCAAGAGAUUUGCAGUACCUGCUCUCCGUAGUUACCGAGCCAAGCUUCUGGGAAACUCUCAGAUUCUGCUGCUGAAGGCAUUGGGAGAGAGCAGCCCCAAUUAUCGAAAAGUCGAAAACGCAAUUAGUCCCUGGUACUGUCAAAGUGUGUGUCAUUCCCAAAUAGCCGAGUGUCAGUUGAUGGGACCCCAUUGUAAUGUGGGCUCCUUCAUGCCAGUACAAAGAGAUAUGGCCCCAGUUUCGGGAGCGGAGAAGGCGAACCCGAUGAGCCAGCAAUGGAUCUCAAAAGAAAGGGGUUUGAAGCCAUAUGAGAAGACUAAAUCAAGAUAUAUCUAUACUUUCAUUGAUGCUGGGCUGACGUGA